GGCAGCACCACUCCGCCCGCUUCAACGGCGCCUGCCGAAACAACUGCAGCCGGCAGCACCACUCCGCCCGCUUCAACGGCCCCUGCCGAAACAACUGCAGCCGGCAGCACCACUCCGCCCGCUUCAACGGCACCUGCCGAAACAACAGAGGCCGUUCCUACUACUCCAGAUGGUCCAUCCACUCCACAGGCAACUACUGAAACACCAGACCCUUGUGCAUCCAGUCCAUGUGGUCAAGGGAGCACCUGUAUGCCCCAUGGAGAACAAAACUUUGUUUGCUUGUGCUUGGCUGGUGAUUCUUAUAAUAACGUCACCAAAAGUUGUGAGACUGCCAAAGUUUUCCCUGGGAACCUGACUGUGCCCAGAAUAAACUACAACCCAGCCAUGGAGAACCCCAGAUCAUCUGCAUUUCGAGAGGCUGCACAAGAAAUUACUAAAUCGCUUGAUGAAGUUUUCAGGGACACUAAAGAUUACUCUGAAUCUACAGUGCUGAAACUCGAGCCCGGUUCCACCACCAGAGUUUGGUCAAGAGAAGACAAACUGCCCGUCAAAGCAACUGUAGAGAUCAUCUUCGUAGCAAAUGCUGACGUCACCACGGAUGGCAUUGUAGACAAGAUCAUCUCAUAUGUCAAAGAGUGUGACAACUGUCUCUUGACAGGAGCAACUUUUAAAAAUGAAAGCCUGUGUGAAAGACAACCCUGUGAUGAGAAGACUACAGAAUGCAAUCCACUGGAUGGAACUUUCAGUUGUACCUGUCAGGAAUCCUACAUUUUAACAAACUUCAGUCAUAGAAUGUGCACUGCUUGUCCGAGUGGCCAAAGAGCUGAAAGCAAAAUGAACAAAUGUGUCAACUGUCCAUUUGGUCGCAGUGGUUUGAACUGCAAUGAAUCAUGGCAGCUAGCGUUGGUCAUCGUCGGCUCCAUCUUUGGUGCACUGCUGCUUAUCUCAACCAGUCUUCUGCCUUUAGUGGCUCACAAAUCCAGAAAGAAGGGCUCCAAGAAGAACGAAAAGACACCAAUUGCAGGGCCUUACGUCAACAACUUUCCCACCAAGACACCAGUUAACAACAACUUUGCCAGCAGCAAGGCAGACUCUGUGAAUGAGGUAGCUAGUGCCCUUGCCAAAGGCUUGGUGCCGAGGAUCCCACGCGCUACAACCAAAAGCAACUGGGACAGUAGAUACAACCUGGAGAUGACUCCGAGCAACAGCUGGCGAGACUUGGUCCCUGGGGGGAGGAACCCGCGGCUGUACUUUGAUGAUCAUGACAUGGACCCAUACACUCAGUCUCGACCACAGAGCACCCUCUUUUCUUGGCCUCGACCCCAGGUCAACACGAAUGCCUCGAGCCAAGGCUGGAUUAACCCUCACUAUGUGGACGAUGAUGAAGGAUGCUACACUUAAUGAGGAACCGCAGAAGUGACAGUGACAUUUACUCAGAUCAAGAGGUUUUAUUGGAGACAGCUCAAAAUGUUUUUAUUCCUGAAUGAUGAUUGCUGAAAAAUAGGGGGGCGGAGCUUGCUCAGGCCUGUGAGAGCUGACUAAUCAGAGCAGGAGGCCUUAAAGAGACAGACACUAAUCUAGUGCUGCAGCCAUGGAUAGUGAAAUAUGAACCUUAUAAUCAGUAUAUGGGACUUUUGAUACCCCAUUAUGGAGUUGUAUAAACCAAGCACUAAUAGAUAUUACUCUAUGUAGUAGUCAUGUCUUUUUAGCACUUUCCUUGACUAAUCUUUGUGAAUGUAUUGGACUUGAAAUACAUUGUAUGUAUUUUCAAACGCUUCUCUUACUGUCAGUCCAUUUAAAUUAACUCCUGUUGUUGAAUGUGACUGCCCAUAAUUUACAAGAACAUGACUUUUUAUGUUAAAUUUUUCAAGUUUUUUGAUGAUUUACUGUUUUAUUCUUAACUGAGUUAUUCCUUCAAUUUAGGUCAUGUUCGUCCAUCCAUAUAUUUAAUGUUGAUUUAUGUUUAUGUUUACUACUAUGUUUGUUGAUGUUCAGUUUAUAGGAGUAUAUUUUGUAUAUCAUAAUCCCUUACAUGCCUUGAUGCCAAUAUGUUAUUUAAAGUAAGCAUGAAACUAGGUUCUCUUCUUGUUUUGUUCCUACUGUUGAAUGUUUGAGCUUUACUGUACAAAAUGAUCUAUGUGCAGAGUUUGACACUCAAAGGCUGUUUUUACAUUUAUCUGCUGAAACUGGAAAGCUUUUCGGCACUCGUUGAAAAUCCCUUUUUAAGGGGCGCGCUAACAAGAAUGAUUUGUGACAUCACAAAUAGCUUGAAGGCCAGUACUUGUCCAACAGUCAAUUUGCAAAUGUGUGAUGUGGAAAUUUGAAACCUCUGGUGCACAUACGCUGAGGAGAGACUUUAAAGUAAAGUAGAAGACAUCUUGUGUCCAGCAGCUAAACUUAUAUUCACAGAUUCUGGAUUUCAAUGUAGGAGAAGAAGUAGAUGUAAGUUUAAUGAUUUGAUAAUAAUAAUUAAUGAUAGUUAGAAAUAUUCUAUGGCAUACUAUAUUAUUUUAGCUUGCCUUUAUCACUGUCAUAUGAUAUUGCAUUGAUUUUAACCAUUCACUGCAACAUAUCUAUAUCAGUAUAUAAUCAUUGUAUUAUUUAUUUAUAUAUUUAUUUUAUCCUUUUAUAAAGAUAAUUUACCUUCUUCUGGUAAGUUUAAUAUGUUACCUUACACCAUCUGUAUAGAGGUGGUUGUAAUGUGCACCAGUCUGCCCAACUGGUGUCUUUUUCAGUUUGACCACUGGAGAGCACCAAAGUUAAUAAUCCCUAUCAGUGGGGUUUGUGUGUCCACAGGAUGAACAAAAGUAAAUAAAACAAAAGGUGAAACAUACUAAAGUCCCAUGUAGGAUGCCCUUCUUGUGGGCAAAACUUGUUGACGUGCUUCUCUUCACUAUAAAUGAAUCAGGACUUUCUGCCCCACCACAAACAGCCAGUGACCUUCAUUUUAUUUUUAUUUUUUUGCUUCCUGCCUCAAAUAUCCUGAGUCCUAAGAACAAAUAUUCUCUUGCAUCAUUGUUGAUCCACAGUGUUAUGACUAA